UCACUAGUUUAAUUGUAAACAAACGUCUAAUAAAUGUUUUUUUCACAAUUCUCUUCGAUGUAUUUUAAAAGAGUUUAUAUUAUAGUUGUAUUUUCAGUAAUUGCUAUAUUGAGAAUAUAUGUGUGCAAUGACAAAAUUGUAGAUGUUGGUAAAACCCUUGUUUGGGGGCCAGGGCUUAGUCCUGAUGUCGUUGUUUUACCUGCAAGAUAUUUUUUUAUUCAUGCUGUGGAUACUACAGGAAAAAAAUUUACGGCGCCUUCUUAUAUACAAUUUGAAGUACAAAUAAAGGGACGUUCACCUCAUGGAAUAUGUCGGUCUAAUAUAAAUCUUAUUAACAGAGGGGAUGGUUCAACAGUUGUUCGUUACGUUAUUAGUGAUUGGUGUGAUCAGGUUUCAAUUAAUGUGCAUUAUAAUGGGUCCCAUGUAGCGCAGUCUCCUUUUUUUGUACGAAACAAAGUUUACUCGGAACGAUGUUAUUGUCCACAGGAACUUAAUCUAUGGCUUUUAAAUAAUAAUUGUGGCGCCUAUUUAGAUGAUAAACAGAUAAAAUGGGACUUACAUUCAUUUAAGCGGGUUAAUUUCAGUGCCAUUAGAGAAAAUUUAUUAAAACGAUACAAUGUUCCUGAAAGUAUUUCAUUGUGUCAUUAUGUCAUUAAAAACCAGCAAAUUUGGAGAAAAUGUUAUGGGAAAUAUACGGGUUUCAAAAUGUUUAUGGAUGCCACAUUGACCGCAUUGGCGCGCGUUGUGCUUCUUCCCGACAUGGAAUUUUACUUAAAUCUUGGAGACUGGCCGAUAUCUAAAAAAGGUGGCCAACAACGUACUUCCGGGCCUUACCCAAUUUUCUCUUGGUGUGGCAGUGAAGACUCGUAUGAUAUAACAUUGCCAACAUAUGAUAUUACAGAGUCGUCAAUUGAAAAUAUGGGUCGAGUUAUGCUUGAUAUGUUAUCAGUACAGAAAAAUGAUAUUUCCUGGGAUAGCAAAAAAGAAAAAGCAUUUUUUCGUGGUAGAGACUCGCGACGGGAAAGAUUACACCUUGUUGAUUUAUCUAAAAAAUAUCCAGAAAUCAUAAAUGCCUCCAUUACUAACUUUUUUUUCUUUCGAAACGAAGAAAGUAAAUAUGGCCCUAAAGUCCCACAUGUAUCAUUCAUGGAAUUUUUUAAGUAUAAAUAUCAGAUAAACAUUGAUGGGGCUGUUGCUGCAUACCGUUUGCCUUAUCUAUUGGCUGGUGGAUCACUAGUCUUAAAACAAGAGUCUCCCUAUUACGAGCAUUUUUACAGUAAACUUAUCCCAUAUAAGCAUUAUGUGCCCAUUAAACGUGAUCUGAGUGAUAUUGUGGAAAAAAUAACUUGGGCAAAGAAAAAUGAUCAACGUGUACAAGAAAUUGUCGCGAAAUCGCGUGAAUUUGUUGAAAAAAAUCUAUUACCACAACAUAUAUAUUGCUAUCAUAUGACACUAUUCAAGGAAUGGAACUCGCGACUAGUAGCUCCUAUAGUUGUACUUCCAGAUAUGGAAAAGCUUAAUUUUACACACAUGUGCUCAUGCAAUGAAAAUCAUGUACGAGACGAGCUAUAACCAGUAUAAAACUAUAUAAAGAAUUAGCUUUAAG